AUGAGUUUUAAGGAAAAGAUGUACAAAAGGAAGAACUGCGAUGAAGUCGUGUAUGAGGCCUAUGGAAAAAUUGAUCAAAAUUUUAAGUCGAAUGGAAAUAUAUUAAAGGAGAAAAAUGACGUCGACAAAAGUUUGACGAAGAACCUCCCCUUCUUUAUGAACAAGGAUACGAAUAAUAAGAAGAAGUACGACUACCGGAUGAACGUCAACGAGCGAGACGAAGACGUCGAAUUCGUGGCGAAGGCAAUGAGAAUUUAUUUAAAUGUGGAUGAGGCGAUCAGAGUCCGAAUGGCACUCUUGUACACGACGGAGCAGUUCACACUAUUUCGAAAUUAUUUGAUAGCCAUCAAGGAAAUACUAAAGGGAGUUUUAACAAUCAAAGUUACGAGGAAGGGAAAAAUAAAAAAAAAAAUAUUAAAAUUUAAUCGUGGACAUAUAUGCAUCAUGGCGAAUUGGUCAAGGAAAAUACUAGGGUAUGAUGAGAUCACCCAAAUUAAUAUUGGCAGUAGCUGCACCCCCGAAUUGAGAUUGUUUGAGAAAAAGUAUCAAGACACUUCCAACAGGCCCAACUAUGUUGUCCUGAGGACUCUCUACAGGGAUUACAGUUUUUUGUUUAUAACCGAUGAAAAAAUUUUAGUGAGAGUUAAGGGUGAAUCUCCACUUAUAAAAUUAAAAAUUCUGCUAAAAAAUCCAAAUGUUCUUCUGCAAAAUCGUGAUUUGCACUUAAAUAAUUCCCUUAUGAGUGAACUGAAAGAUAGCACCAUUUCGACGACUCAGGAAAACUGUGAAGACAUGAGGAGAGAUCGACAGGAGGAGAACUACGAGGGGGCACCAGGUAGCAUCAGCAAUGAUGUGAUAGCUAAGGACAACAUGCAGGACAUGAAUAAUGUGAGCCAAGGAUUUAAGUACUUUUUUUUGACUGUACUUCGGAGCAUCAAAUCGAGGCCUGUCGACAUGUACAAUGAGGAAAUCAAAGCGAUAAUUAAAAAAAAUAAUAUGAUUUUCUUUGAUAAGUACGAUUUUAAAAAUAGGAAAAUUAAUUCUUUUUUCCUUUUCUGUCAAAUACAGUUUGACAUUUGUGGGCCAGAAAUCUGGUUCACCUCCAAAUUUGACGAGAUACUCUUCACGCACAUGAAUUAG